AUGAGGCUUCAACCACGAGAUCAUUUGAGUUCAUCAACUAAUAAGCAGGAACCCUUGGCUUCUCGAAGAGAAGAGCCAAAACCACUGUCGGAUGAAGAAUCCUAUAAAAUUGCGAAGCAGAAGGCCGUGGCAGAGUAUAUGCAGAACCAUUACAAAGAGCAAAUGAAGAACUUACGUGAGAGGAAAGAGCGGCAUGCCAUGUGUGUAUGGGAUCAUCUAGCAGAAUUUUGUUGGUAG